AUGUCAGUUCCUUUAAUUAAUAGUCGGGAUCUUUUUUCCAAGCACAAGACCCGUGUAGAUCGUGUCGUCAACGAUUUUCAAAAAGUUUAUGAUGAAAAACCCGAUUUCGUUAGCAGAUCGCCAGGAAGAGUGAAUCUCAUUGGCGAGCACAUCGAUUAUGAAGACUUUUCUGUGCUUCCAAUGGCCAUUGAGGCAGACGUCUUGUGUGCUGUGGGCGUUUUGGCUGCAGGAAAAGGCCUGUCGAUAACCUUAACCAACGAAGAUAAAGCAUUUGCUCAGCGUCACAUAGAACUUCCAUUGGACGGUUCUGACGUCUCCAUCGACCCUUCGGUAUCGGACUGGAGCAACUACUUCAAGUGCGGGCUUCUGGUGGCGCAAAAACAGCUGAAAACAGAGUUUCCCGAAAAAUUCGGCAACGCAUCCUUGGCAGGCAUGAAAGUGUUUGUGAGUGGCAACGUGCCAACAGGGGGUGGUCUGUCGUCUUCUGCGGCGUUUAUUUGCGCCGUGGCAUUGGCUGUCGUUCGCGCCAAUACCGAAAAGAGCUACAAAAUAUCCAAACAAAUGCUCACCAAAAUCACUGUCAAGGCAGAGCACUACGUUGGAGUCAACAAUGGAGGCAUGGAUCAAGCUGCGUCAGUAUGUGGUGAGGUGGACCAUGCUCUUUACGUGGAAUUUCAGCCUCAGCUAAAGGCUACAUCCUUCCGAUUCCCGCAGCUGCAGCAUUCGGAAAUCCAAUUUAUAAUCGCCAACACAAUGGUGGUGUCGAAUAAAGUUGAGACAGCGCCUACAAACUACAAUCUACGGGUCGUUGAGGUGACAGUUGCCGCUAAUGUGCUUGCCUCAAAAUUCAAGGAUGCCUUGCGUAAGACUGGAAAUUUGCAGAAAGGAACACUGCGGGAGUUUAUGGACGCCUAUUAUUCCCGUGUUCACGGUGCCUCGGAAUCCUGGGACGGAAACAUAGAAGACGGUAUCAAAAUGCUUAAUGAAAUGCUAGAAGUGGUCGAACAGACUCUCACUCAGCGUGAAGGCUACACCGUUGAAGAUGCCGCAGAGGCCCUGCAAUGCUCUGUGCAGGAGUUCACCAAAGAUUACUUGACGAGUUUUCCAGUCAGAUUCGAUGUUUUGAAGCUGUAUCAAAGAGCCAAGCAUGUGUACUCAGAAUCGUUGCGUGUGUUGCAAGCACUGAAAUUGCUCACCAGCCGGAAAGCAGGUUCUGACGAACACUUCCUAGAGUCUUUUGGCGCGAUGAUGAACGGAUCGCAAGAAUCGUGUGACAAGCUUUACGGAUGCUCUUGCCCCGAAACAGAUGAGUUGUGCCGGAUUGCCAGAAGUAAUGGAGCCUAUGGAUCCAGGCUCACUGGUGCGGGUUGGGGUGGCUGUACGGUUCAUUUAGUGACCAGUGAUAACGCCGACUGUGUUUUGAACGCCCUCAUUGAGCAGUAUUACCGCAAAAGGUUUACAGAAAUGUCACAGGAGUCUUUGGAGGAGGCGGUGCUUGUCUCGAAACCAGCACUAGGUAGCUGCGUGAUUGAACUGUGA